GGGUGCUGCAUUCAGACAGGAGACAGGAUCCAUGGCAACAAUCAUGGCAGAAGCAGAGACCCGUCAGCGGCUGCUGCGCACUGUCAAGAAGGAGGUGAAGCAGAUUAUGGAGGAAGCUGUCACCAGGAAAUUUGUUCAUGAAGACAGCAGCCAUAUUGUGUCCUUUUGUGCUGCGGUGGAAGCGUGUGUCCUUCAUGGGCUGAAGCGGCGAGCGGCGGGCUUUCUACGUAGCAACAAGAUCGCGGCGCUCUUCAUGAAGGUGGGGAAAAGCUUUCCCCCAGCUGAAGAGCUGUGCAGGAAGGCCCAGGAGCUUGAGCAGAUCAUCGAGACAAAACGAAGUCAAAGCUUGCAAAGUCAAGACAGCCUUCGCAAGAUGCCCAGACUGCCCAGCCUCACCCCGCCAGUAGUCAAGAACCUGUGGAUAAGGACAGCUCUUUUCGAGAAGGUGCUAGACAAGAUUGUCCUCUACCUGGUGGAGAACAGCAGUAAAUACUAUGAGAAAGAGGCUGUUCUCAUGGACCCUGUAGACGGACCUAUCCUUGCAUCUUUAUUAGUUGGACCUUGUGCUUUGGAAUACACAAAGAUGAAGACAGCUGACCACUUCUGGACAGAUCCGUCUGCUGACGAGUUGGUACAAAGACAUCGUAUCCACGGUGGCCUGUGCAGGCAGGAUUCUCCCACAAAGAGGCCCGCACUGUGUAUCCAAAAGCGACACUCCAGCAGCAGCAUGGAUGAACGCCCUUCCCCCUCACCAUCAGCUCGUGAAUAUGUGGAGUCGCUGCAUCAAAACAACAGGGCAACACUACUGUUUGGCAAGAACAACGUGCUCGUACAACCGAGGGACGAUAUGGAGGCUAUCCCAGGUUACCUGUCUCUGCACCAGACUGCUGAAAUCAUGACACUGAAGUGGACACCCAAUCAGCUCAUGAACGGCUCUGUUGGAGAUUUGGACUACGAACGCAGCGUUUACUGGGACUAUGCCAUGACAAUCCCUCUAGAGGAGAUAGUUUAUUUGCAUUGUCAUCAACAAGUGGACAGUGGGGGGACAGUAGUGCUGGUCAGUCAGGAUGGGAUCCAAAGACCUCCACUUCGCUUCCCUAAAGGAGGCCAUUUGCUCCAGUUCCUCUCCUGCCUUGAGAAUGGCCUCCUUCCCCACGGCCAGCUGGACCCUCCACUCUGGUCCCAGAGGGGAAAGGGAAAGGUGUUUCCUAAGCUUCGAAAGAGGGUUCCUCAGGGAUCUGGAUCCUCAGACUCGGUCUCCGAUAAGGAGGAGGACGAGGCCACAGACUAUGUCUUCCGAAUCCUCUUUCCAAACAGUCAGUCAGAGUUUGUGACUCCUCCAGAUCUGAUGGAUCAGGGAGCUAAGAUGUGGCAUCCCACUCUCAGGAAGUCCUCGUGUUCCUCCUGCUCUCAGGGGAGCUUCUCUGAUGCGGCGACACCCAAGGGAUGUAACCAUGAGAGGACUCCUCUGAAGCUGCUAUGUGACAACAUGAAGUAUCAGAUCAUCUCCAGGGCAUUUUAUGGCUGGUUGGCAUAUUGCCGUCACCUUUCUACUGUGCGUACACACCUCUCUGCUCUCGUAAAUCACACCAUUGUGGCCCCCGACGUGCCCUGCGAUGCCUCUGGAGGCCUCACCGCAGACGUGUGGCAGACUUUCCUCAAGGACUGCACAGCCUACAAGGAGCAGGAGCUGCUGCGUCUGGUGUACUUUGGUGGUGUGGACCCAUCGCUGAGGAAAGAGGUGUGGCCUUUUCUGCUCGGUCAUUACCAGUUUGGGAUGUCAGAGGCUGAGAGGAAGGAGGUGGAUGAUCAGGUCAGAGUGUGCUACCAGCAGACCAUGUGUGAGUGGCUCAGCUGUGAGGAGAUUGUCCGCCAGCGAGAAAAAGAGCAGCACGCUGCAGCGUUGGCAAAGUGCUCCUCCGGUGCGAGCAUGGAUAGUUACAGUCAGAAGAUAAAGCAUCACGAUUCCACUGUGAGCAAUGAGUCCUCCCAGAGCUCAGACAGGCAGAGUUUGGCUCGCCUGCAGAGUGAUUCCAGCAGCAGCACACAGGUGUUUGAGUCUGUAGAGGAGGUGGACCAGAUUGAGACAGAGCCCAAGAAUGGAGAAGCCAAACAGAUGCCCAAGAUGCCCAAUGGAGCUCUGCAGAACGGGACGAGCUCUCCUGACUCUGGACAUCCUUCCUCUCGCAACUUCUCCAUCACCUCUGGUCUGUCGGAUGGCUCCUUCAGCACAGAGGACAGCAGCGCUGCACCUGAUACAACCCCGAGAUCUGCAGCUGUCCCUCAAUUGUCACAGAGCUCUAUCAAAUCCACAGGGGGAGAGAGUGAAGGUCUGUCAGUGGAAAGGGACAGCCAGGGGGAAGGUGAAGCGAAGGACAAAAGGGCCUCCAAUGUGACCAAAACUUCAAAACAUGCUGCAGAAACAGGUGGUAACACAGACACAAAAGAGACGAGUUUAAAGCCUGAAACAAAAGAUAAUAUUGAGGAGUCACAAGCUGUUAAAGCAGAGGGGACCAAGCUUAAAGAUAAAAGCCUUGAUAGGAACAUUAAAGGUAACCAAUCUUUAGAGACAUUGGACGCGAGAAAAGAAGCAUCAAAGCUCGAAGAAACAAAUGUGGAAAAGAUGAAGGAAGUGGAUGAAUCAAAGACAAGUAAAGAGGUUUUAGUGACAGAAGGGAAAGAAAAAAUACUCAAAGGUCCUGGGGCUCCUGAAAUGGAAAAUUUCGCUCUCUCAACAGACACCAGAGUCUUGAGAGCAAGAGAAGCCUACAGUGCCUCUCAGAAAGAGGAGGCUCACAUCAUGACCGAGUCUGAUGAGUCUCCCUCAGCCAUAGAGAUGGAGGAGAUCCCCAAAGCCAAAGUUUCCAUGGUGCCUUGGAGCAGAAAGGAACAUUGUGAAACCUCGUCUUCCUCUGAGAACUCGCCCCCUCACGUAAAGCUCAGGCAGAAGGAGGAACAGGGAAAGCUCAGUCCAGAGGGCACUGAGUCCAACCUGUCAGAGCCAGAGAUGGAGAGCCUUUACCCUCCCUUUGACUCUCUGGCUGCGUCUGAAAACAUGAAGACCCAAGUGACCUCUGAAGUGUCAGCUGGGAGUACUUUCUCUCAAGAACUUUUGGACUUGUAUACACUGAAUCUGCACCGCAUUGAAAAGGACGUCCAGCGCUGUGAUAGAAACUACUGGUACUUUACUCCUGCCAACCUGGAGAAACUGCGCAACAUCAUGUGCAGCUAUAUCUGGAGGCACCUUGACAUCGGUUACGUGCAGGGAAUGUGCGACCUGCUGGCUCCACUUCUAGUCAUUCUGGAUGACGAGGCCAUGGCUUUCAGCUGUUUCACUGAACUCAUGAAGAGAAUGAAUCAGAACUUUCCACAUGGAGGAGCUAUGGACACUCACUUUGCAAACAUGCGCUCUCUAAUCCAGAUCCUGGACUCUGAGCUGUUUGAGCUAAUGCACCAAAAUGGAGACUACACCCACUUCUACUUCUGCUACCGCUGGUUUCUCCUAGACUUCAAGCGAGAGCUGGUGUAUGAUGACGUGUUUGCAGUGUGGGAAACCAUCUGGGCAGCAAAGCAUGUCUCCUCCAGUCACUAUGUCCUCUUCAUUGCACUGGCACUGGUGGAGGUGUACAGGGACAUCAUCCUGGAGAAUAACAUGGACUUCACCGACAUCAUUAAGUUCUUCAAUGAAAUGGCAGAGCGUCACAACAUCAAGCAGAUUUUGACCCUGGCCAGAGAUCUGGUGUGCAAGGUGCAGAUGCUGAUAGAGAACAAGUGAUUGUGCUGUUUCUCUCCUUUUCCUUCCAAGAAAAGUGUGACCGGCUGUAGCAGCACAAGAGAAGAAUGCACGCUCUCACACGUACAUGAAGCCUUUACAAUCAUUUUGCUGCUAUGAGCCUUAUUGACUAUAUCCUCCACGUUAUUUGAUGUUGUUUGUGUUGUCUGCAGGUGUACGAGAAUAAUACGCUUAAUAUUUGUCAGUAUGUUGAAGUGAAAACUAAUGUAAAGCUAUUUAUUUCCAAAUAGUUAUCUCAGAAAUCCCUCAAGUGUCAAUCUUAGUCCGAGUGGACUUAAUAUUUUCAGAUAAAGAUGGUUUUAGCUGCACAUUUCAAACCAAAAAGCAGAACUGAAUUCAGCCAGAGAUUAUAUUUAUGGGAAAAAAUACAUUGUGAUAAUAGUUUAUAUUGAUUUUUUUAGUCUACAGAGAUAGAGCUAUUAUUCUAAUGAAGGAAAGAAUGUCUGCAGAAUUUUAAUAUGCUUUACACCCUAAAGUGAAAGCAGUUUUUACAAACUGAUUCAGGUCACUGGCUUGGAGCCCAAAACAUAACCCACUCCAGUUGUGUUUUACACACAGUGUUCAGAAUGAUUCAGCUUCUAGCGCCACAUUAUUGGUUUAGCCAACAGUGUUUCCAGUGUUCUUGAACUGCCUUGUCUGCCAAAUAGUAUGUCUUUAUUUGUUACCUGUGGUGUCCCGGGAGAAGGAAAUGUGUUUAAAUUAUUAGAAUUAUCUUGCAAAUUCUUACAUUUAUGUUACUGAUUGAUGUCUUAGCGCAGAUUUAUGUAAAGAAACAAGCUCGGUUUGAUAAACUUAAAUUAUUUUUCACUAUCCAGUGAACCAAGUGUAAACUUUGUAAAUUGUGGAGAUUUCCUCAUCUUGAUUUUUGUAUCGUCCUGUAUCGUCUGGUGCUUGUCAAAUGUUAAUUUUAUCUGAAAAGCAGAGAUCAGAUGAUUAUUCAGUGUGAGAGUGGUUUAAGCAGAGAGCUGAGAAUGAAAGUUACAGUAUGACAGAUUUUUAAAGUACAUUUAUUUUAGUGUUUUGGCAGAUUUGACAGAUGCGUCAUUCAUAGCCUAAAACUUCAGUCAGCUGUUUCAAGUGUUGUUUCAAGGAUGUGGUAGGAUGAUCUGCAUUUAAUAUUGGUGUUUCUUUGUGAAUGCUAAAUGCUGUCAGGAAGCCUAUUUUAAUUUAUUGUAACAUUUAUGCCAAAGUAUUUAUUUAUUUAUUCAUUCAUCAAUUUCUUUCAUUCAGAUGCUGCUUUCUUUGUAAAUCGGAUAUUUUUAUUUUGUGGCCAGUUCUAAAUGUGUAUUG